AUGGAUGCAUCGUUUAAGAGAUUUGAAGGUUCGGCAAACAAGAGAACAACAACUGCAACACAGACGGCUGCAGAGCGUAAAGAAAGGAGAAAGUGGACGCCAAUUGAUGAUGUUGUGCUCAUCAGCUCGUGGUUAAACACAAGCAAAUACCAUGUUGUAGGGAAUGAGCAAAAAUCAGGUGCUUUCUGGAAGAGGAUUACUGCCUACUUUGCGGCAAGUCCUAAGGUCGCAGGGUGUGAACACAGAGAGGCGGCCCACUGUAAGAAACGUUGGCACAAGAUUAACGACCUUGUCAACAAGUUUUUUAGGGCGCAUGAAGCUGCAAGUAGAGAGAAAAGUAGCGGUCAAAAUGACAAUGAUGAGCUACGCAAUGACCAGAAAUGGUGUGACCUUUAUACUUCUAAAACCGAUGGAAGUGCUAAAAGGAGGAAGCUUGAUGACGGUGCACAUUCAUCUAACUUUCAUGCUUGUUCUAAAACCAAUACCUCUGAAGCUGAUCAAGCAACAACUCAUCCCCCGGGUGUUAAGGCAUCAAAGCAAAAGAACAAGGCAGCGGGGAAGGUAAUGUUUGAGUUUCAGAGAAUGUGGGACAUCAAAAAGGAGGAUUUGACAGUGAAGGAAAGGUUGUCGAAGAUGAAGCUACUUGAUAGCCUAAUUGCAAAACAAGAGCUAGCUGAGUAUGAAGAAGCUCUGAAGAAGAAGUUCAUUAAUGAGUUGUUCUCUGAUUAG